CCUGAAGGCUGUGGUCGGUCCGGCUGCUCCGCCGCUGUGUGGCAGUGGGAGCUGAGUGGGCUCGGGCUGACACUCCGGAGGGCUCGUGCCUGUGACCUGAGCAGACUUGGAGGAUUUACAGCUGAUCUGCGCGCACGUGAACGCGCUGAAUAGGGUGGUCUUCCAGGAACGCUUCAGGGAGUUUGUCUCCCCCGCCUCGGCGAGGCCUUUAAGGACUGACGGAGCAGAUUGUUGGAGUGAGCUCGCGGCGCUCGGUUACCCAGCUGCGGUGGACGUGGACCACCUGUGGGUGGAGGAUGGCCCGCUGGAAGGAAGGCGCCACCCUCCUGCUGGCUCUGCCGGUUCUGCUCAGCCUGCCAGCGGAGGCCCGAACUUACGGCCUGGGUCAAACCCAGCAUGACCACGAACGCCUCCAGAACAUCACACUGGCUGUCAUUUUACCAGAGAACAACACCAGAUACCCGUGGGCGUGGCCUCGCAUCGGCCCUGCCGUGGACCGGGCCGUCAGAAACAUCAACGCCGACCCCACCCUCCUCCCCAACCAUCACCUUGUGUACUUCUUCAAGAACAGCCAGGACAAGGAUGGGAUGUGCUCCGAGUCCGUCGCCCCGCUCAUGGCGGUGGACCUGAAACUCGCCUACAACCCGUGGGCGUUCAUCGGGCCCGGCUGCUCCUACAGCUCCUCCCCCGUCGGCCUCUUCACCACCCACUGGAGCGUCCCCAUGGUGACGGCAGGCGCCCCGGCCGUGGCAUUUUCCAGCGGAACGUACCUGUCCAUCACCAACACGGGGCCAACGCACAAGAAGCUUGGGCGGUUCGCGGUGCGGAUCUGCGAGCAUUUUGGGUGGCGGGAACAGGUGAUGGUUGUCUUCAGCGACAACAAGAAGGACGACCGGCCGUGCUACUUCGCCAUCGAGGGUCUGUACAUGGAGCUGAGCAACAUCAACAUCAGCGUCGAGGAAAGCGUGUUCAUGGAGGAGUCCGUGACCUACUCCCAGAUCCUCUCCAAAAUCCAGGAUAACGGGCGAGGUGAGUCCGCGACCGGCCGCCAAAUAAACGUGCUUCCAAACUGGUCUCUGUAGGUGACGCCCCCUUCAUGA